AUGGUAAUCGAUCUGACGCGGGACUCGGACUCUGAUGAGCAACAACAUCAACCACAAAAAACCAUCCACUCAUUCUUCUCCAACCUUCCUCAUCGCUCUCCCUCCUCCUCAAAUCAAUUGAAAAGAAAAAAUAGAGGUUCCGAGGAUACUUCUGUGUCAUCCCAUCGUUUCUCGCCCGCAGUCAAUGGCUCAGCCAACCAUAACAACUACAAUUACAGUAAUAAAAGCAGCAGUACCAAUGCCUCCAAAAAACCCUUCCCAGCCCCAGAACAAGAACCCUUAAUCUCAAACGGCCCAACCCCCAGCCCGGAAACCCAACAACAAAAAGCCAUCAGUGUCGUCAUCCCUUCGCCCUCCCAGCAACUAAGAAGAGAAAUCCUCAACUCCGAAUGGACCCGCGUCGACACAUCAUUUAAACUAACCGGUAUAUCGGAAAAAUACUACCCAACUGAUGCUUACGAGAAACGCGCGCAAAAGGGCGCUUACCCUGCCAGGAAAAUAAAAAAAGACUACAACAACCGGAGUAAUAUCCCCCUGGAAAUAGGCCAGACAGGACCGAGUCCGAUUCUGACUGCUCAGCCUUACACUACAGUACAUCAGCAAUUGGCCAAAUCGUUUUUGCGCAAGUUAUCUAAGAUUCAGGGUCCGCCGGUGACACUGGCACGCGGCGAUGAACGGAUGUUAACUGAUUUUGCGGCGAACUUUGAAUUCAUCAACACUUACAAAAUCCGGAAAGGUGUGCAGCCCGUCCCGGAGUCGUUCAAUGGGGGAUGCGACUGUGGACCCGGGUGUGAUCCGCGUCGGUGUACUUGUCUGUCCGAGGAGGAGCAUUCGGAUGACAAGAUCGUGCCGUAUCGGGCUGCGACUGAUAAGCCGGGGCUGAUGGUGUUGACGCCGGAUUUCAUGAAACGCACGUCGAUGAUCUAUGAGUGUAGUUCGCGGUGCGGGUGUAGGAGGAAAUGCUGGAAUAGUGUUGUGCAGAAGGGGAGGACGGUGCGGCUGGAGAUUUUUCAUACUGGGGAUCGUGGAUUUGGCCUCCGCUCCCCCGACCCCAUCCGCCGCGGUCAAUUCAUUGACUGCUACCUAGGCGAAGUCAUCCCCAAGAAAACCGCCGACGUCCGCGAAGACCUCGCCGCCUCUACGCAUGGACAUUCUUAUCUUUUCGGGCUCGACUUUCUCAUAGACGACGACGACAUCUAUGUCGUGGACGGCCAAAAAUUGGGCUCACCGGCUCGGUUCAUGAACCAUUCAUGUAACCCCAACUGUCGCAUGUUGCCUGUCUCCCGGACACAUGGUGACGAGCGAUUGUACGACUUGGCUUUCUUUUCGUUGAGGAGUAUCCCGGCGAAUACAGAGUUGACGUUUGAUUAUAACCCGGGGGCUGUCCGUACUAACUCUACUGCAUCUGGAUCUGGGGUUGGGGGUGGUGCGAAAGGUCAAAAAGAGAAAAUUGACCCGAGUGCUGUUAAGUGUUUAUGCGGGGAGAAGAAUUGUCGGGGGCAAUUAUGGCCUAAUCAACGAAAGGGUACGAAGUGAUGUUUUUUUUUUUUCCUUUUUUCUUGUUACUCCUAAGUAUUGGUGUUGUGUUGUUGGCGUUGCAUGUCUGGUCAUUGGUGGUUAUCUUCUUGUUUUCUUUUUCUCUUUUCUUGGGCAUUUGGGCUAUUUAUUUAAUUCUAAUACCCGAGCAUGUCUUCUUUUCUUUUCUAUUUUGUGUAAGUGGAAUGUACAUAGCGUGUCAUGGCCGA